AAAGUUACCAGCGCCGGGUAGCCGUAUCCGAUCAGCCCUUCCUUCACCUCCCUCCACCUCAGGUCUGUAGCUGACACAAUGGCCCCUGUACAGACAACAGGGUCGGACUUGACCAGGCAGCAGUGGGGUUUUGCUUUCGCUCUCGUAACAUCGCUCUUCUUCACCUGGGGCUUCGCGUACGGCCUUCUCGAUGUCCUUAAUGCCCACUUCCAACAAGUCUUUGGCAUCUCUAAGCUUCAAAGUACCCUCCUCCAGCUCGCUUACUUCGGAGCUUACUUCGUAUGGGCACCAUUCGCCGGCUGGUUUAUGAGGAAAGUGGGGUACAAGAAAGGUAUCCAUAUCGGCCUCGGGCUCUACUCCCUCGGCGCCAUCUUCUUCUGGCCCUCAGCCACAUAUGAAAAGUACGGCGGUUUCGUCGGGUGCACUUUCGUCAUCGGAUGCGGCCUUUCGACGCUCGAAGUCGCCGCCAACUCCUACAUCUCCGUCCUCGGAACGCCGCAGUACGCCGCCAUGCGCCUGAACUUCUCGCAGGGCUUCCAGGGCGUCGCGAGCUUCGCUGGGCCGCUCAUCGCCUCGCGCUGGUUCUUCCAGGGCGAGAACGCCUACACGCUCGGCACGGUACAAUGGGUUUACCUCGCUGUCGCAGUGCUCGGUGUUGUCCUUAACAUUCUGUUCUACUUCUGUCCCCUGCCUGAGAUCGGCGAGGAUGCCCUCGCUGCAGAGAUCCACGGCGUCGGGCUCGCAGACGACGAGGGCCCAUUCUACAAGCAGUACCGCUGCGUGUUUGGCUUCGUUGCCCAAACCGCCUAUACCGGCGCGCAAGUGACCGUCGCGUCCUUCGCGGUGAACUACCUUGAGGCGCAGGGCGUCGGCAUCGACUACUCCAAGGCCUCACAGCUCUUCUCCUUCUGCCAGAUCACGUUCACCGUCGGCCGCUUCAUCGGCGUCGCGAUCCUGCACUGGAUCGACCCCGCCGUGCUGCUCACGUUCUACGGCCUCUGUUGUUUCAUCUUCUGCCUCUGCGUCUCGCAGCUGCCCGGGUACAGCGGCAUCGGCUGCCUCUUCGCGCUGUUCUUUUUCGAGAGCAUAUGUUAUCCCAACAUCUUCACCCUCGGCACGAAGAACCUCGGCCGGCACACCAAGAAAGGAUCCGGCCUCAUCGUCAUGGGCGUUGGCGGCGGCGCCUGGUUCCCGCCUGCGCAAGGCGGCCUCGCGGACCGCGCGACGACGCGCCGCUCCUACCUCGUCCCCAUGGCCGGCUACAUCGCCAUGACCAUCUACGCCGCCGGCCUCGUCGUGGACCAGUGGAUCAAGCGCGGCGAAGUCUACGUGCGCAACAUGGACGAGCUCACCGCGCGCCGGGAGGCCGUGGCCAGCGCGUACCCGACCACCGCGCUCAUCCUCAAUCCGCCCGCGGGCCUGGUGGUCAAGAGCGGCCUAGCGGGCGACAGCGAGAAGGUGUCCGACGAGGAGCUCGUCGAGGACGCCUGAGCGGCUUGAAGUUGACGGCG